UAAGACUUGCAGGCAUGAAAUCAAAGAGCUAUACUUAAACCAGUGUCCCCCGCAUAUUCCAUUCUGGGGAGGUAACAGUCGUAUCAACGACUCUAGAUAACGAAUUGUUUUAUAUAAAACAGCACUCUGCUCAUUCAAACUAUGUGGUUCUUGAUCUUCAUAACCAGAGUACCAGAAUACUAUAUCUAAGGUACAAUGGUAAAUGCUGUUCGGCUGCUCGAAACUACGCUAAGGAUGGCAGCAUGGUAUACGAUAAUAGCAUUGAUCUUACCAUUCGCUUCGGCAAAGGAUACUCGCCCUCACUCUAGAUCAGAUAUAUCGGCGUGCAAAUUGGCCGCCAAUAGCAAUGUUUACCUCAGUGCAGGAUUCGGAUACGAGCUGAACUGCGCUCCCAGCAUUGGUACCCUGAGCGCAUUCAUGAUCUUCGUCGAUUUUGCUGAUCAAACCGCCAUCGAAACCCCUCAGAGCCUGUACGACUUCUUUUUACCAGCAGCGGCAGAAUGGUAUGCCACGUCGUCAUACGGAGCGCUCACGCUAAAUGUCACUGCUGAUACGUCGCGUUUCUAUCGGAUGCCUGCUAAGGCAGAUUCUUACGGAUGGCAGCGCGGCCUCAGUUAUGAAAUGCAUCAAACGUACAUACAAGAUGCGUUAGAUGCGUAUGGAAAGGUCAUCCCGCCUACUGAUGUGCUGUACGUCGUCCCAACUGCUAACGCCGCCGCCAUAUCUUUUUCGCCUACAUUUAUGGGUGAUGUCAUGACUCGCGGCGGAGCAUAUGUUGCUAAGAAGUCGGUGACAUUCGGCUUAGACGCAUAUAAAACUUGGAAGUACCUUGUCUUGAACCACGAGACGGGCCACACAAUGUGUUUACCCGAUUACUACCCCUUCAACGGAAGCGCAACUGGCUUGUUUAUAGGAGGAUGGGAUUUGAUGGGACUUAUUAGUGGACCGAGUCCUGAUUAUUUUGCGUGGGAUAAGUGGCGGCUGGGAUGGUUAUCUGAUGGGCAAAUUGACUGCGUCGCGGAAACGGGCUCAACGACGCACACAUUGACUCCGUUAGAGAAUCCAGGAGGCUCUAAGGCCGUGGUCAUCAAGCACAGCAGCACAGACGUAUUGGUGGCAGAAUUACGCUCAGCUGGCGGCCUCGACUCGGCAUCUUGUUCAACUGGCGUACUACUUUACAUGGUCUCAACAACGACGGCGACAGGAGAAGGCCCUGUUCGGGUGUUAGAUGCAACCCCUGGAUCGAGUGGUUGCGCAGGCGAUAAGUUGAACGAUGCACCACUAUCCCUGAGAGGGACAAGUUCAUAUACUGUUCCAGGUUGGGGUAUCAAAGUCACGGUUGUGAGCGAGUCUAACGAUGGGGUCGAGAUUGAGGUGGAAGUUUCGUGAUGUGAGAGUCUCUCUCAUAGUCUGUUGUUAUACUGGGAUCGUACCUCGUAAAGGUUAAUAUCUGAUGCAAGCAAAGUCCAAUUAGUCUCCACUAACUACCGACAUAUGUAUCUCUUGUAUACUCUUAUGUAUAUGAAUCGAUCCGAACCACUAAUUAAGGUUAUUUGAGCUUUCCCAAUGAGGAA